GUGACGAGGACCACGGGAGAUUCUGUAUUUUCACACGCUGAAGACGUGCUUCUUCAUCACAGGAUAAACACACACACACAGACACACAGCGCCGUCUUCUUUCUGAUGGAGGAGCUCUUCUUAUAUCAGCGCGUUCAAGAUUUCACACGAGCGAGCACAUGAUGAUGAUGAUGGGCGUUCUGUCAUCUCCAGGCUCCAGCGGGAAGUCUUGUCAUGAUGAGACUCUUCAGUAUCUCAUGAUUCUGUGCUCUAAAGUCACGCUCAACACACUGGUUUUGUUCUUCUGGACGAGCAGUAUACACCGAUCGCUCCUGGGCCUCUUCAGCAUCUCUAUGCACGCGGCUGAUGUGAUGCUGGCCAGCAGCGUCUUAUACGUGUGGCUCUUCAGAGAGUCCACCUCCUCAUCCAUGUGCUUCAUCCUGGCACACGCUUCCACCGUCUACGCCAUUCUGCCUCUGCCCAUCCUCGUCGCGGCGGCGCUCGACUACGCUACAUACCUCCUCCCGGAGGCGGGGCGCAGGCGUCAGUGCAGGACGGUUGUUUACUGCAUCACUGCCGCUCUUCUGUGGGCAUCAGCGUGCAUGUGCUCCUACCGCUACACUGACGCUCAUCCCAUAGAGAUCCACAAAGACGUGAAGAUCCUUGUGUGCCGUGUGCAUGGAGCUACUGUUGUGUCUCACUUCUGCGCAGAGCUGUCCGUCGCGGUGGCCGUUGUCCUUCUGCUACAUCAGAAGAAGCUGAUUGGCUGGAUCAGAAGGGCAAAUCAAAUGUCGGAUUGUGCCGUUCUCGAGAAAGGUCGAUACGUGUCUUAUGGUCCGCUUGGGGAACGUGGAGAUUCUCCGUCUCUGUUUGUGGGUCUAACUCUAGGUUUUGCCGUGACAUGGAUGCCGUAUCUCUUCAUAUGUGUGGCAUGUGAUCUGGUGGGUUUGGUUGUGCCAGCGUACGCCAGCGUCAAUCUCCUGUGGAUGGCCUGUGUUAACAGCGCUCUGGCUGGCGCGGCCCUUUGGUGUCGGAGCGACGGGACUGGACCUUUCUUUAACGUCCCGGACGAUAUCUGUCUGUGGAAUGUUUAUUGGCAUUUGAGCAAAGGCUCAGAGUCUGUGAGCACAGUUCUUCUGUCAGACGCAACACGCAUGAACACAACUACACCUGUCGUUCACAACAUCUAACAGAACCGGACUACGCUCUUCAGCUCUGUGGCGGUCCCAUAUCAUUUGAUUCAAUAUGGCAUGACGGCCUAUAUCAUAAAAUUCUACAAUGCUUAUGACAUCAUUAAAUCUAUGUACACAGAAAACAAAUGCGGAGUUAAAAUUGGCGAUAAAAGAACAGAAUUUUUCUCUCAGGGGCGCGGAGUAAGACAGGGAUGUUUUAACUAUAUCAAUGAGUUAGCCGUGUUACUGGAACAAUCUGCAACAGCCGGUCUCUAAACAACUCCGAGGUGAAAUGUCUUCUGUAUGCUGAUGAUCUGGUGCUGCUGUCAGACACCGCCGAAGGUCUACAGCAACACCUACACCUGCUGGAGAAAUACUGUCAAAACUGGGCCCUGACAGUCCAUCUGAACAAAACUACAAUGAUGAUUUUCCAGAAAAAAGACAGAUGACAGGAUAACAGAUACACAUUCACUCUGGGAAACACUACAAUAGAACACACUUUACACUACAAUUAUCUCGGCCUAAACAUCAGCGCGUCAGGUGGUUUUGGUCUGGCAGUAAAUGCACUGAAAGAGAAAGCUAGACGUGCGCUUUACACCAUCAAAGGCAGAUUCACCCAAACAGAUAUUCCAGUUCCAGUCUGGUGUCAAAUCUUUGAUAGUGUGAUUAUGCCUAUAGCUCUAUAUGGCUGCGAGGUUUGGGGUUCACAGUGUCUGACAGAUUACUCCAAACGGGAUAAACUCCCCAUAGAAUCCCUGCAUGCUGAAUUCUGUAAAAACAUUUGAAGAGUUCAGAGAAGAACACCAAAUAAUGCAUGCAGGGCUGAAUUGGGUAGAUACCCCCUGAUAAUACACAUCCAAAAACGUUCUCUCAAAUUCUGGACACACCUUAACUCAAGUCCUCUUAACACACUUCAAUAUGAAGCACUUUAAACCCAAGAGCUGAGACCUAAAGCCAGUCCCUUCUGCCAGCUGUCUCUGAAUCUUCACACCGGCACAACCGAACAGAACCAAAUCAGAAUCAACCAAAUGAUCAAAGAAAGUCAAAAGUCAUAUUGAGAUCAUUGGGAAAAGGAAAGUAAAAACCCAAGUAAACUAGAAUGCUAUCGGACCCUAAACAGACAACUGUUGGAGAUGUGAAACAGAGACGGAUCCUGAGCGAACACAGACUCAGUGAUCACAGUCUGGCCGUAGAGAGAGGCAGACACACACAAACAUGGAGUCUGUGCACACUGUGACACUGCUGAGGUGGAGACUGAGACACACUUUCUCCUUCAUUGUGAUCACUUUAAAGAUGUGAGAGAGAAACACUUUCACACAAUGUCAAAGGUCAUGCCAGAGUUUGAUAGGUGUUGAGAAACCGAGCGAAUGCAGAUGUUAGUGGGGAGAAGAGACACACAUCAGCUGCUGCUUCAUUCAUCUAUCAGCUGCACAAACUACUGCCUUCAUCUGCUACAAUCAAUGCACAUCUGCACUCUUGACUUCAUUACAUUCUCAUGUUUCUGCCUCACAUCUACUUUGAUAUUGAGAUUUUAUUUCCAUAUUUCAUUGGUUUACUUACAUAUACUCUAUUUUAUAUUUCAUUCUAUAUUUAUGCCUUACUCAGCACCUUAGUUUAAUUUUAAUCUCAUGUUUGUACUUAUUGUAUGUCUUUUGUUAUAUGUUCAAUGC